CCCAGAAGGGAGCUGCUGUCGGAGGGGGAGGCUGCAGCUCCCCUGGCCAGCGGGAGAGGCCCCGGGGUCGCGCCGGGCGCCCGACGGGCUCCACCCGGGGACCCGCCUGCCCCGCACCGCCCCGCCCUGCCGGGCGCUCCGCAUCAGGUGCCCCGGCCCCAGCCCUACCUGCGGGCCCCAGGCUCCCGGGGCUUCCAGAGGAUGCUCCGGCCACCUGCGGGGACCUCGAGGCAGCAGUGAGGUCCUCUCCUCCUGUGCCAGGGGCUCCCCCAGGGGGCCGAGCAUGGUGGUUUCCCCUUGGAACCUCCUGGCUUGGGACGUCUGAGAAGAUGCCGGCCAUGAGGCUGUUCACUUGCUUCCUGCAGCUCCUGGCUGGGCUGGCACUGCCUGCUAUGCCCCCCCAGCAAUGGGCCUUGUCUGCUGGGAAUGGCUCAUCAGAGGUGGAAGUGGUGCCCUUCCAGCAAGUGUGGGGACGCAGCUACUGCCGGGCACUGGAGAAGCUGGUGGACGUCUUGUCGGAGUACCCGGAUGAGGUGGAGCACAUGUUCAGCCCAUCCUGCGUCUCCCUGCUGCGCUGUAGUGGCUGCUGCGGAGACGAAAACCUGCACUGUAUGCCGGUGGAGACGGCCAAUGUCACCAUGCAGCUCCUGAUGAUCCAUUCUAUGGGCCGGCCCUCCUACGUGGAGCUGACCUUCUCUCAGCACAUCCGCUGUCAGUGCAGGCCUCCGUUGGAGGAUAUGAAGCUAGAAAGCCACUUUGUCUUGACGCUUUUGGCUUAUUGCAGGAGGAGACCCAAGGGCAGGGGGAAGAGGAAGAGAGAGAAGCAGAGACCCACAGACUGCCACCUGUGCGGCCAUACUGUUCCCCAGAGGUAACCGGCCCCUCAGAGGAGAGACGCCUCACCCCGGCUCCUGUAUUUAUUACGGCCACACUCAGUUACCUCCCUGCUGACACCUGCCCUCUAUUUAUUAGCCAAUUGUAUCCCUGCUGAAUGACUUGCUCCCUCCAAGGUGAGGGGCAGGGAGGGACAGGACCCUCAGGAAUUCAGUGCCUUAAACAGAACGUGAGAGAAAGAAAGGAGGCAGCAGCAGACCCACGUGUGCAUCAGUUGGAGAAGAAGCAAGACCUGUGGCUUUGAGAGGGGCAAGCCAGGCCCCAGCGGGCUUCCCGGGAGCGGCCGCCUGUGCCUGAGCCUUGGGCUCUCUGUGGACCAGCAGCCCUGGUUUUCGGGGCUCCGGGCCAACAACGUGAGGGUGGACAGGUGCAGGCUGGGUGGGAAGGCAGGCAGCAGACAGAGGAGUCCUGCUGCUUCCUCCACCUGGCAGCAGCCUGGCGCCCCGGAGAUCCGAAAGUGGGGCUCUGGAGACUGGUGGCUGCCUGGGGGUCUCGGCCACUCCUGGUCCCCUCCGGCUCUCCUCACAUCUUGCCACCGCUGCUCAUGCUGGGACAUUGUGCUUUAUGGUCAAGGCAUCACCACCUGCCCCUCUCAGGGACACAGGCGAAGAGGGAGCCCCAGCGGGAUGUGCCUCCAGCCGCCCCUGCCCCUGAGCGGCUUUCUGACUGCCAAGCCAGAUUCUCUUGAAUAAAGUAUUCUAGUCUGGAAACAG